UAAUCCCAUACGAGGGCAAGAAAGAAGAAUAUUUUUUAAGAACCAUUGUUCUCAGCUUGAGAAAGAUGCUGAUUUCCAGUGCAACCAAAUCCUAAGAUCAUAGAAACCAAACCUGAAUAAAGUAAAGUAAAGAAGGCCUUCUAAAAAGAACCCCUGACAAAGACCAGGAGGUUUUCAUAAGAAAAUUACUCAUCAUGACUGAUACAAUCCUGGAUACAACAACUGAGUUUCUCUAUGAUGAAGACUCUCUUGUUUGUGAUAAAGUGGACAUCCAAAAGUUUGGAAAAGUAUUCUUGCCAGUAUUUUACACUAUUGUGUUUCUCCUUGGCCUGGUAGGGAAUCUCCUUGUGGUUUUUGCCUUCCUAAAGGCUGGCAAUAAAAAGAGUACCGCUGACAUUUAUCUCUUGAACUUAGCCAUCUCAGACCUUUUCUUUGUGAUCUCUCUUCCAUUUUGGGCUUCCUAUGUGAGGAAAGGAUGGACACUUGGAACUGUUUUCUGCAAACUCAUUUCCUCACUCUAUUAUGUGGGUUUCUUUGGUGGCAUGUUUUUUAUCACAGUUGUAAGUAUAGAUAGAUAUCUGGCUAUAGUUCAGGUAACUUUUUCUCUGAAAUCCAGAACAAUUGGCCAUGGCUGUAUUAUUACUCUUUUUGUGUGGAUAGCAGCGGCAUUAUUCUCAGUGCCACAAUUUGUGUUCACUGAAAAGGUAAACAAACAGUGCACUGCUAAUUACCCAGAAGAUCUCCAAAUUAUUUGGCCAGUUUUUUGCAACAUAGAAAUGAAUAUCAUAGGGUUUCUUAUCCCAAUCUGUAUCAUGAGCUACUGCUACUUUAGGAUCAUCAGGACACUGCUUUCCUGCAAAAAUCAUAAAAAAACUAGAGCUAUCAGGUUGAUUUUAGUGGUGGUGAUUGUGUUUUUCCUCUUCUGGACCCCAUACAAUGUACUGAUUUUUCUAGACACUUUAAAGAACUAUUUCAACUUCUUUGCAAAAUGUGACCAUUCAAUAUUUUUAGACUAUGCCAUGCAUGCAACUGAAACCUUAGCAUUCAGUCACUGCUGUCUCAAUCCAGUUAUCUAUGCUUUUGCUGGUGAAAAAUUCAGGAAAUAUCUUUGCUCAUUAUGCCUAAAGUGCUGUUCUUUCAUUUGCUUCUGUGGGCCCCGCAGCCGGUGCCAAGCUGGCCCUUCACAUAUCUCUCCAGAGAGUAUUCCAAGCAGUAACCAGACCCAGAUUACCAGCGAUCCAGAUGCCUUGCUUGUUCUGUGAAGGACUUUGUUGAAAGGUAAAUAUGUCUUUGAUAGAGGUUAUCAUUCAGGCACUCAGGUUUAGCAUGUGAAAGUACUUGAGGUUGCCACUGAUCUACAAGCAUUUCUUUCCCUAAGCAUUCAUUAUUUUAAAACAAUGUGUCAAAAUCUUAAUGGCACAAUAAAAUAAUGGAUGGGAUCUGAAUUCUGAGGGGAAAAUGGAGAGAAAAACAGCGACUUGUGCAAGGAAUAGAAAGAAAAAAAUAGGAAUAGAUAAUAUGAUAGCAAUUCAUACAUGAAAAGACUGUGUACACAUACAUUCAGGUGCAUGUAUAUAACUAUGUCUGUAUACACAAACCUCUUGUAAGGAAAGUGAACUGUCCAAUGGAUAGAUAGUAGUGAAAAAUAUCUGAUAUACAGCCCAUUGGUUUUCUCUUGGAGUACAGCAUGAGCACUGGAACACUUUAUUGUUUCAGUUUUGGAGACAGUAGCAUGUUCUUUUUUACAAGUGUCUAUAUAUCUCAUCUGUAUGUGGUAUGAAACAACAGCCUGUUCUUACAUGACGGGUCAAACCUGGUUUAAGUGUUAUGUAAUAAUCAAAUGGGAGUGAUUUUUGCAUUUAUGGAUUACCUCUUGCUGAUCGAUACAACUGCUUUAUUUGUUAACAUUUACCUAAUAAAAGGCCUAUU